AAAACUGCCAACAAAAACAGAAGAGAUGCAAAUGAGAUGCGAAGCAAUUGAAAAGUGGGAUUACCUAGGAGUGAAAAAAAACAUCUGAAGUUAUGAUUUGUUGGGAGGAAUGAAAGACAGAUUCAUGUUGUAGCUGGGUACAGUGAAGCCGUUGUGAAUCAAAACCAGUCCGAAUUUUGAAGUUUUAAAUUAAUUUUAUUGUUCUUCAAACCCUAGUAAGAAGAAAUCUUUCCGUGCAAGCAAUGAGCCGGAUGUAAGGAAAUCUGUAUAUAAUUGUUGGGUUUGCACUGAUCUUUAUCUGAUGUAGUUGAGUGUAUUGAAAUCAAUUUGAGAGUGCGAUCACGGGAACUGCGGAGAGCAGGACAGAAAUUAAGCAGUGAAGGUUUUUUUGGGUUUGUAAUCUCGAUGCGGAGUCGUUAUGGGAGGUUGUGUGUUUAAUCCGGGUAGAAUUAUCAGAGAUUCAUUUUGGUGCAAACAGGGAAGAAUGGUUAUUUAUGUUCUUUAUUGUCAGGGACGCAGUGGAUACAAUAUAAUUUGAGGUUAGCGUAUAUGCUAGGGUUGUUUUUCAAAACCCUGAGAUUAGUUAAAAGAAAGAAUUUUUGACAAGUGCGUGGUAUAUAUAGUAGAUAGUGUGUAGUGAAAUGCUUUAAUUACAAUGAUUCCUUGAGCUGCUGUAAAGUUUUCUUUUGGGUAAGCUCCGGAGUCAAAUCCGAGUAGGAAUUGUUAGAUUUUUGUGGCGAAAGUGAAACCCUGGAUUGAAUCCGAGCAGGAACUGUGAGAUUUUUUGGGUGUUUAGUAUAUACAGGAGAAAAUUGGCUAUGAUGAGUAGAUAUUGAGCGCUUGAUUUGGUGAAAUUUUGUGCGCUCUUUGUUGCCAAGGAGGUAGUGGCCUCUUAUAUUAUUUCUUGAAUGGAGACAGUGAGAAGUGAUUAGCACAUCAUGCCGGGGAGGGAAAAGAACAGGUGGAGUAGAAAUUUUCAUGGAAAAUUUAGAAAGCACUACGCUGUUGGACUUUGUUGAGAGAGUGAGGGCAUGGAUACCGCGGAGGGCCGAUCCAUCUAAGAUCUCGAGGGACUUUUGGAUGCCCGAUCACAGCUGUAGGGUUUGCUACGAAUGUGAUUCGCAGUUCACAAUAUUUAAUCGCCGCCACCACUGCCGAAUUUGUGGCCGUGUGUUUUGCAGGAAGUGCACACAGAACACAAUUCCUGUGCCAUCGGAUGGGCGUAGUAGUGGAGAAGAAGGGGAGAGAAUUCGAGUUUGCAAUUUCUGUUUCAAGAUUUGCACCCGGGAGAUAAUAACAUCGUCGUCAUCAUCAUCAUCGGCAUCACCGUCUCAGUGGAAUGGUAAUGGUAAUGGUGACGAAACACAAUUGGCAAACAGCCCGUCAUCGCAUUCAGGAACGAGUGGCAAUUCUAGCAGUCAUAGUGGUAACAGCUUUACAACAAAUAUUGCUUCUACCAUGCCAUAUCCAACUGGGCCUUAUCAGCAUAUUUCCAGCCCUCGUGUUAAGGCACAUCAAAUGGAGGAUGCUUUGCUGGAAAGAGAGCAGGGUGUUCCUCACCUACAAAGCAAUGGCAGAGUUGUAUCAUCCAUUGAAGGAGGAGCCUCCUCUCCAAGCAGGAGUGAUGACGAACGCGAUGAAUAUGGUAAAGACUUAGAAGACACCCAACAAAGUGUCUUAAAAGAUUCACAGGAAUAUUUUGGAAACCAUGGUAGUAUAGAUCUUGAUCGUGGAUACAUUUUACAUGAUAUUCAUGCGGAUGAUAGUUUGAGCCUCCAGAAUUCUAUGGAACAUUCAGUCUACCACAAAGGUUUAAACCAAAAUGAAAAUUAUGGCAAAAACCUAUCUGAGAAAAUUCCAAGCUUUCAGUCUGAUACACUUGUGGAACGCCAAAUGUCUGGUAGAUCUGAAAGGUCAGGAGAAGAGUCAGAGGAUACUGAGAAUGUUAAUGAUUGCAAUGAUGAUUCGGCUAUGUUUCAGAGCCAAAGCCCAGAAAUAGAACAACCUUUUGAUUUUGAGAAUAAUGGUGCAAUAUGGAUGCCACCUGAACCAGUAGAUGCUGAGGAUGAAAUAGAAAGCAGUAUGCUUGAUGAUGAUGAUGACGAUGAUGAAGGAGGUUGGGGUUUGCCACGUUCAUCAGGUAGUUUUAGCAGCAAUGAAUAUAAGAGCAAGGACAGGUCAAUUGAGGAACACAGGGAUGCUCUGAGAUCAGUAGUGGAUGGGCAUUUCAGAGCACUUGUUGCACAACUGCUAAAAGGAGAGGAGGUGUUUGUAGGUGAGGAGAAUGAUUCUGAAAGUUGGCUUGAAAUAGUCACUUCACUAUCAUGGCAAGCGGCAACUUUUGUCAAGCCAGAUACAAGCAAAGGAGGAGGAAUGGAUCCUGGUCUCUAUGUGAAGGUCAAAUGCGUAGCUUCUGGGCGUCGUAGUGAAAGCAAGGUCGUUAAGGGAGUCGUCUGUUCAAAGAAUGUAAAGCAUAAGCGUAUGACACAAAGGUACAAAAAUCCUAGGUUGCUGCUCUUGGCAGGAGCACUUGAAUAUCAACGCAUUUCAAACCAGCUGUCAUCUCUUGAUACUCUGCUGCAGCAGGAGAUGGACCAUCUUAAGAUGACUGUGUCAAGGAUAGAGGCACACCAUCCUAAUGUGCUACUGGUAGAGAAAACAGUUUCUCAUCAUGCACAAGAAUAUCUCUUGACAAGGGAAAUAUCUUUGGUAUUGAAUGUCAAGAAGCCACUUUUGGAGCGUAUAGCCCGCUGUACUGGUGCACAAAUUGUCCCUUCUCUUGACAAUCUUGCUGCACCUAAAGUGGGACACUGUGAACUAUUUCAUGUAGAGAAAUUUUUAGAGGAGCAUGAAAGUGCAGGCCAAGUGGGAAGGAGACAAACAAAAACUUUGAUGUUCUUUGAGGGUUGUCCAAAACGUUUGGGAUGCACGGUUUUACUCAUGGGUUCCAAUCGUGAUGAAUUGAAGAAAAUCAAGCAUGUUCUUCAGUAUACAGUCUUUGCUGCUUAUCAUUUAGCCCUCGAGACCUCAUUCCUUGCAGAUGAAGGUGCUACCUUGCCAGAGCUUCCUCUGAAAUCUCCAAUAACAGUUGCCUUGCCAGACAAACAAUCUAGUUUAGAUAGGUCUAUUUCUACAAUCCCUGGAUUCACUGUUCCUGUUCCAGAGCAAAUUUUUUCAGGAGAAUUACAAACCUUUAAAGUAGACAAUUCAAUGCCAAAUCCCUCCUUGUUGGCUGCUAAAUCUCCAAUUCUUGAUAAUGAAGGAAAUGGUUCAUCUGGGUCUUUGUCACAAUUGACCGAUAAAUCGAGUUCCCUUUCUAAUGGUCCCGUUGAAACAAGAAUUGGUUUUAGGACAUCUUCAGAAUCUGCAUAUGAUGAAAGUACUAGGGAAAAGCAAGAUGUAUUCCCAAUAGGUCAGUGGCAUCCUCUUCUAUCUGCUCCUUUAGGUAGUGUAUCUGCUCUGUCAGCAUCGCUAAGGGCAGGCUUGGAUGAAAUGGGGGCUCCAGUAGACUCAGAUGCAUUUGAAAAAAUCACCUCAGAUUUUGAAAUUAAGGAGGCAAAGUUUUCAAAUACAGUGAAUGGUUUUGUGACUUCUGUUGCUUCCAGAGCUUGUCUUGCUUUUCAAAUGACUGCAGAGGAACCAUCUUUGGAACUGCUGAAGGAGAAUCAAGAAAUUGUGGAGAAUGAAAUGAAUUCCAAGAAAUUUGAUAAGCAAAAUGCAGGAUAUAGGAAUCAAGAACAAGUUCUCUCAAAAGAAGAUUUUCCACCUUCCCCAUCUGAUCAUCAAAGUAUAUUGGUUUUGUUAUCAAGUCGUUGUGUGUUGAAGGGGACAGUGUGUGAGCGAUCUCAACUUUUUCGCAUUAAGUAUUAUGGCAGUUUUGACAAACCUCUUGGAAGGUACCUUCGGGAUGAUUUAUUUGGUCAGGAACCUCGUCGUUGCUGUGGUGAACCAUCAGAGGCACAUGUCCUUUGCUAUACACACCGUCAGGGUAGCCUCACAAUAUCUGUGAAGCGUGUGCCUCUACUGUUGACAUUGCCUGGUGAACGUGAAGGAAAAAUAUGGAUGUGGCAUCGUUGUCUCAAAUGUGCACGUAAAGAUGGAGUUCCAGAAGCCACCCGAAGAGUAGUAAUGUCUGAUGCUGCAUGGGGAUUAUCCUUUGGAAAAUUCUUAGAGCUCAGUUUCUCCAAUCAUGCAGCAGCAAGUAGAGUUGCCAGCUGUGGUCAUUCUUUACAUAGAGACUGCCUGCGCUUUUAUGGGUUUGGAAGUAUGAUAGCAUGCUUCCGAUAUUCUUCCAUCAAUGUUCUAUCGGUGUAUUUACCACCUUCAAAGUUAGAAUUCAAUGACCCCAAUCAACAAGAAUGGCUUAGGAAAGAAGCUAAGGAGGUUGCAGAUAAAGUGGAAUUGUUUUAUGCAGAAGUCUUUGACUUUCUCCGUGAGAUGGGGCAAAAAAUUGCCAGUUCUGGAUCAUUGUAUACAAAAGUUUCAGAAUCAAGAAGACAAAUUGCAGAACUGGAAGAACUGUUGCAGAUGCAAAAAGCUGCUAUUGAGGAAAUAUUGCAAAGGGCCAUCCCAAGUGAUUGGCAGCAAGGGAAACCCGUUGCUGAUGUUUUAGAGCUAAAUCGUCUAAGGCGGUAUCUUCUUUGUCUAUCCUAUUCAUGGGAUCGCCAGCUUAGGGAUUUAGAUUCAUCACUUACAACAAAAGAUGUCAGGAUAGAAUCUAAUCCCCCUGAGAAUGUUAGGACUCCUCAUUUAAAAGACAGCUCCAGCUUAAAAGAGCUUGUAGAACUCCAGAUCACAUCUAAAGGGAACUGCAAUACUGGUGGCCUUGGCUGUCCAGGGAUUGAGGAAUUUGACUCUAAAUUUGACGGAAAUAACCCGGACAAAGCUGACAUGUCUGGGAAUCUGCAUAGUACAGUUAUUCAGUCUGGUGAUGGAAAUGCUAUAUGUGAUGGAUUGGUGCAACCUGCCUUGGCAAAUGAUUUCCACAAACCCUUUGAUAACAAAUUAAAGGAAUCUUGCAGCAUGAAUGGAAAAUUAGAUGAUGGUGUCAAAACUUUUGAAGUGGCAGUGAACAGAGUGACCCCUAAUGUGGAUGAUAUGGAAUGUUCAGAUCAUUGCACAAGAGAUUUGUCUGCUAUAACUGAGGGUAUGCUUGAUAAUUUAGAUGUAGAGAAUGGUGAAUGUUGUACUCAUGCCAGAGUUUCUGAAAAGAUGUCUGUUGAAACAGUUGCUAGUAAAUACAGCCAAGGUGAUUCAGAGGGUGAUCAUGGAAUGCAUACAGUGCCUGUAGAGGGACAUUUUCGGGUCUUGGCUGAUCUUUCUGAUACAUUAGAUGCAGCAUGGACAGGUGAGGGUCAGUCGGCAAGUGUUCAAGCCAUGCUUGCGACAUCACAGGUGCUAGAUAUCUCUCCUGUGAAUGGGACUGUCGUUGCAUGUGGAGGUGAGCCUGCUGCUAGAAAAGAUUUCCAACCCUUCCAACAAACUGUGGCAGGGGGAAAGACUACAUGUGACUCUAUCUUAAAUGGUCAAGAUAAAGGUGGAAUGGAGGUGUCUGACACAAGCACACCUACCUCACCAGUCAAAUUAUGCAAUCAGUCUGAAGAUUUCGGAAGCUGGAUUGGAGCUCCUUUGUCAAAUUUAUCAAAAAGGCACAGCAGAAGUUUUAAGGGAACUGUGUUAGGGUCAAUUAGACUAGAUUCUCUCAUUGGCUACAGUCCUAAAUUUGUAUCCUUGUUUAGUAAUCUGGGUAGUAAUGGAGGAAGGCUAGUUCUACCAUCUGGUGUCAAUAACACAGUUAUUGCUGUUUAUGAUGAUGAGCCUACAAGCAUAAUAUCAUAUGCACUGUCAUCACAUGAAUAUCAGGCCUCCCUAUAUGACAAUGGACCUGAUAAUGAGAAACAAAAAGAGAAAGAUAGAGAUAAGGAGAAGGAAUAUGCAGAAUCAUUAGGCAUGCCGAUAGGCAUCUCAUAUCCUAUUUCUUCCUCAGAUAGCUCCUCAGACUUAGUUGACUUUCUUUCGAAAGAGAGAGGUUCUGGAUCGGAGGAUAUGUACUCAUAUAGUUUGAAAGGCAGUAAUAGUGGGAUUUCAGACUUAUCAAGGCCAGUGCAUGUAAAAGUAUCAUUUACUGAUGAGGGUCUUCCUGGAAAAACCAAGUACACGGUAACAUGUUACUUUGCAAGAGAGUUUGAUGCCCUUAGAAGAAAGUGUUGUCCAACAGAAACAGACUUUAGACUGUCACUAAGUCGCUGCAAGAAAUGGGGAGCACAAGGUGGUAAGAGUAAUGUGUUUUUUGCAAAAUCUUUAGAUGAUAGAUUUGUUAUCAAGCAAGUAACAAGGACAGAAUUGGAUUCCUUCAUCAAGUUUGCACCGGAAUAUUUCAAAUAUCUCACAGACUCAUUAAGUUCUGGAAGCCCUACAUGUUUGGCAAAGAUCCUUGGUAUUUAUCAGGUCAUCAUGAAGCAUGCAAAAGGUGGCAGAGAGAUUAGGAUGGAUCUGAUGGUAAUGGAGAAUCUCUUGUUUCGAAGGAAUGUCACACGAGUGUAUGAUCUCAAAGGCUCUGGUCGCUCCCGUUACAAUUCAGAUUCAACAGGAAGCAAUAAAGUUCUUUUGGACCAAAACCUUUUAGAGGCUAUGCCAACGGCUCCAAUAUUUCUCGGUAAUAAAGCCAAGCGCCUUCUGGAGAGAGCUGUCUGGAAUGAUACUUCAUUUCUAGCGUCAAUUGAUGUUAUGGAUUAUUCACUGCUUGUUGGAGUUGAUGAAGAUCGAUGUGAGCUGGUUUUAGGUAUUAUUGAUUUUAUGAGGCAAUAUACGUGGGACAAACACUUGGAGACAUGGGUAAAAGCCUCUGGUAUUCUUGGUGGUCCUAAAAACACAUCACCUACAGUUAUUUCUCCAAAGCAAUACAAGAAGCGCUUCCGCAAGGCAAUGUCACAUUAUUUUCUGAUGGUCCCUGAUCAGUGGUAUCCUCCAGCUUUCAUCCCCUCUCCUUCGCAUACUGAUGUAACUGAAAGUGGUUCUUCAUUUUUGACAAGAGAUGAUGGAGGAGACCAACUUGUCUAGUAUAUUUUAUCAGGCAGUCAUCAUGCAGGGCUACACGGCCAGCACAAUGACCUUGCUCAUCUUUGUACAUUGAAAAAAUCCCCUUGAAAAGCUAAUGGGAAUCAUAGAAGCUUUUUAUCUAUCCCUAGGAUUUGUCCCAAUUUUUUGAUUUCAUUUGCAAUGUCUUUGUACCAUUAAUUUUCAGAUUGUCAUUAAGUUGUAGGGCUGUCGAUAUAUUAGGCCAUUGAAAAUUGUGUAGAUGAUUACAAUGUAUUAUUUGGAGCUCUGUUUUUUUUU